AUGUUUGCAAAACUGAAGAAGAAGAUAGCAGAAGAGGCAGCCAUCGCUCCCAGGCCAGGAGGAGCUGCCAGGAUCCCCAGGUCUGUCAGUAAGGAGUCGAUUACAUCCAUGGGAGCAGACUCUGGAGAUGACUUUGCUUCUGAUGGGAGCAGCUCUAGAGAGGAUCUUUCAUCCCAGCUGUUCAGAAGAAACGAACAAAUCAGAAAACUGGAGGUCAAGCUGUCUGAUUACGCUGAUCAGAUCCGAAACUUGCAGAAGAUAAAAGAGAAGCUUGAAAAUGCAUUAGAAAAACAUCAGGAUUCCUCCAUGAGGAAGUUUCAGGAGCAGAAUGAAGCUCACCAGGCCAGUCGAGCCAAGAUGGCUGAAGGAAUGGCUUUGGCCUUGGAAAAAAAGGACCAGGAAUGGAUGGAAAAGCUGGGUCAAGUUGAAAAGGAAAAAAAAAUGCUUGAAACUCAGUUACGAGAAAUGAGGGAGCAGAGUUUGAACCUUUUUCAAAAAAGAGAUGAAAUUGAUGAACUGGAAGGCUUUCAGCAGCAGGAAAUUGCCAAAGUUAAACACAUGCUUUUGAAAAAGGAAGAAUCUCUGAGCAAAGCAGAGCAGGAACUGGAGGCGUGCACGCGAGAGCUGACCUGCACCAAAGAGGCGCUUCAGGACUCGAGCAGCGAGUUGUCAGGCCUGAGGAAAGAUCUGCAGGAGCUGCAGCAGCAGUUCAUGGAGCUGGAGGCACACAGAGAUGAACUAAUGACAGCUGAGAUGAAUGCAGAAGAUAAGAUCACUGCUCUGGAGUUAAGAGAACAGGAACUUCAAACUGUCAUUCAGCAGCUUUCUGUAGACUUGCAAAAUGCUCGAGUUGCUGGUUCUGGUUGUGAGAAGAGACUGGAAAUGUUACAGGUGGAGCAUGAUUCUCUGAAGGUGGAAUAUGAACAACACAAGCAAAAGAUGACUUUUGAAUCUGCUGAGAGAAAUAAACUUACUGAACAGCUGCAGGAAAAAGUGUUUUCCUUGGAAAAGAAGCUUGAAAGAAAUCUUUCAGGGGAUGAACAUCUGCAGGAGUUACUCAAGGAGAAAGCUGCUCUUGAGCAGAAACUGGAUGAAACCAGGCAGCAGGUACUGACAGACAGAACACAUCAUGCUGAGACUGUGACCCGGUUGGAAACACAGAAUAAAGAACUGGAACAGAAACUGGAGAUUGCAACAGAAGCAUUGAAAAAGAGCAAAGAAGCAGCUGCUGAGCAGGAUCUGGAGAUGAAGAAGCUGCAAACUGAUGUAGAGGAUGAGAGAAGUAAACUACAGCAACAGCUUUUGAGUGAGAAACAUCAGUACGAUCAGAAGGUUACUGGGCUGGAGUCUCAGAUUGCUGCUCUUCAAACAGCUUGGGAAUUGGAUAAAACAGCCACUCAGCACAGGAUUAGCCAGUUGGAAAAGGAAAAUGAAAAUCUUAAUGUCAGCAGAGAAGAGUAUGAGAGCUCUUUAAAAAAACAAGAAUCUGAAUUGAACAGGCUAAAGAAUGAAUUGAGCAGCAGAGAGACUGUCAGUGUUGAAAUUGCCAAAGCAUUGGAAGAAACACGAAAACAAAGAGAGGAGUUACAACAGCAGGUUUCGGAUCUGGCUUCUUUAGUAAAGGAGAAAGACCAGCUGAUUGAUGAAAAAUGUGGUAUGCUUCUCAAACAGAAGGAAGAACUAAACCAACUCAGUCAAGACCAUGAAGCUGUCCUGCUGCAAAUGCAUCAGUUGCGAUCUGACAUAGAAGCUAGUAAGAGCCAAGCAGCGGAGAGGGAAGAAACUGCAAGAAAGGAAAUCAGUGAACUGAAGUUGCAGAUACAGGAGUGCCUGUUGGCCAAAGAACAUGAGAAAAAUGUUUCAGAAUUAGAGGAAUCGACAAGAGACUUGAACAAGAAUUUACAUUCUCCAGAAAACUGUGUGGUGGAACAGAACGGAGAGGUAGCAACUGCAGACGUCGUUCAACUUCAGAAGGUUAACAGAGAGCUGGAACAGCAAGUUGCUGAGAAAAACAAGAUGAUAAAGCAGCUUCAGCAAAGAAUGACAGAACUUAAGAAAACCCUCCAGAAAGAGCUGAAAAUAAGGCCUGACAGUGAGGUACCUGAAUUACGUGAAAAAGCAAAUUCUGAAGUGCCUAAUGCUGCUGUGACUGUCACAAACAACUCUGAUCUAAAUGACUCAAGAGAGAUAAACUUUGAGUACCUUAAACACGUUGUACUAAAAUUCAUGUCCUGCCGGGAAUCAGAGGCGUUCCAUCUAAUUAAAGCUGUAUCUGUGUUACUGAAUUUUUCACAAGAGGAAGAAAACAUGCUUAAAGAAACGUUGGAGUACAAGAUGUCAUGGUUUGGGUCAAAGCCAUCUCCUAAAGGCAGUAUCCGGCCGUCUAUCUCGAGCCCAAGGACGCUGUGGCCUUAA